GUCGGGGGCGGUGCCGCUGAGGUCUUCAUCCUGGCGGACGCAGCUGGAGAGCGCUGGGACCGGUCGCGGGUGCAAAGAAGGGGCGGCGGCUUGAAGGCGGCCGAGGGAAUUCGCUUGGGAAGGGAGAGCGAGUGAAGAGGAUGGGGGCGUCACUUGAAAAAUCUGCUCUGGAGCAGAACCGGUAACGCUAACGCAGGCGAACCUGCAACGUUUUGCAUGCCCAAAGUGCACCGUCCGUAUCAAUGAAAACAAAUCGUAAAGCUUUUGUGUGAUAAGGAGACACAAGAAAUGGUGAACAGCGAUAUGAAUGUCCAAUGUGCAGUCUUACCUGCACAGACAUUCAGAUUCUUGAAGAGCAUGUGGAUUUACACUUAGAGGAACAAAGCUUUUUGGAAGGUGGACACAUAAGAGAUCUAGAGCUGGCUCAGCGACUCCAAACUGAGGAAGAUAAAUGGCAGAGAUCAGAAGAAGAGAAGCGAGAGAAGGAAGAAUUUAAAAAGCUGCAAAGACAGUAUGGGUUGGAUAAUUCUGGAGGCUACAAGCAGCAAUUCCUAAAGAAUAUGGAAAGGGAAGUUGAUAGAGGAAGGUUGCAGCCUUUUGAAUAUCACAAGAGAAAAGCUGACAUGAUGGAAUGCUUGGCUUCUGGUAUAGAUGAUGGGAAGACAAAGACCUCAGGAGUCAUUGAAGCAUUGUGCAAGUACUACCAGAAUGAAAACAAAGAUGUGAGGCAUGUAUGGCUUUCAACGGGAGUAGAUCACUUCCACUCAUCUUUGGGCGACAGAGGCUGGGGUUGCGGUUACAGGAAUUUCCAAAUGCUCCUUUCAUCGCUGUUGCAAAACAGCUUGUAUAAUGACUGCUUGAGAGAUACUACACUAAUUCCUAGUAUACCAAAGAUUCAGUCCAUGAUUGAAGAUGCCUGGAGAGAAGGCUUUGAUCCUCAUGGGGCGUCUCACUUCAACAACAGAUUACAUGGUUCCAAAGCAUGGAUAGGAGCAUGUGAAAUUUAUUCACUGUUAACCAGUCUCAGGAUAAAGUGUCAAGUCAUUGACUUUCACAAACCGACUGGCCCUGCGGGUACUCACCCUCGUUUAUUUGAGUGGAUUCUGCAUUACUAUUCUAAAGAUAAUGAAGGUGGUGCAAAGGUAGUGUGUACUUCCAAACCACCUAUCUACUUGCAGCAUCAAGGUCAUAGUCGUACUGUUGUUGGAAUAGAAGAGAAGAAGAAUAGAACCUUGUGUUUGCUACUGUUUGACCCAGGAUGUCCUUCCCAAGAGAUGCAGAAACUGCUAAAACAAAAUAGUGAUGGUACUACUCUCAAACUACUUCGGAAAUAUGUGGGUAGCUUAAAAGAAAAGCAAUACCAGAUAGUGGCUGUAGAUGGUGUACUCUCAUUGGAAGAGAAGGCUGCUCGCUGCCAUGCUUCUCAGGUCUUAACAUCAGAGAAGAUUCCUUAAAGGAUGCUUUUUAUUACCUCUUUUGGAAUCUGCUGGAUACAAAACAUUAAACUGAUGGACUGUAACCCUAAGUCAACAAUUUCUAGACUUAAUCUGUGUCUCCAUAAAUGUCUGGGGACUCUGUAGAAGCACAACACCAGAGUACACCUGUAGUUUUGAUCUUCAGUCAAAACUCUGCCCUCCUGAUGAAUCUGUAACUCUGCAGUAUUGCAGUCCUUGUCUUUGUAGAAAAUUUGCUGUUUUCUUAGUUGCUUAAAUUCAGAGCAACACCUACCACCCUGUAGCAAGCUGUGCACCAUAGUUAACUGUCAAUAAGCUGCAGAUCGAGAUACUAUGGAACCACUUUAUUGGAGUGCCUCUGUAACUAUAUUUAUGCUGACUCUGGCCAAUGCUCUUAUUUCUUGCCAAAUUUGAUCUACAAAUACCUAUUAUGCGUCAGCAAAUUCUCCUGCUACUAUUCACGAAGUACAGAGUCAGUUCAGUGAUUUCACGUGAUACAGUUUGUUCCAUCAGGGAUUAGUUUACUACUGAACUUCUCUUCAGUUAGCUGGCUUCUCGCGAUGUAUUGCUUGUAAACAUGAACACGUGUGCCUAUGAGGUGGAUCAGUGUUAGCAUUGGCUGUGAGGUCUGAGGCAGCGGUGUCCAAAGUGGGGCGCGUGUGCUCUAGGGACUAUGCAAGACAAUCCAUUGGGGUGUAGGAAGAAAAUACUUCUUUUGUACCAUGAAUAAAGAAAAUAAAAUAUU